AUGCGAUCGCCUCCCCUUCUCCCACCACCCCAUCCAUCACCUCCGCUUCAACGAACGACUCCACAGCAGCAACGUGGUGGAAGCCGCCGAUCGGACUCAACAGACUUCCUGCCCUCUGAUUACGGCGCUCCGCUCGUCGGCUGGCCAGGAGAAUGGUGGUUGAAUACCAGUUCACCCAACGUCCGGAGCAUCAUGUUGAAGCGUCUCGACCUCGCCGCCACGAAGGGCUGCGAUGGCGUCGAUCCCGACAAUAUCGACGGGUUCAAGAACGACAAUGGCCUCAAUCUCACUCGAGCUGGUGCCAUUAACUACAUCACGUUCCUGUCCGAAGCGGCUCAUGCGAGAAACGUCUCCAUGGGGCUCAAGAACAGAGGGGACCUGGUAAAGGAAGUGAUUGACGAGGUAGAAUAUGCAGUGAACGAACAGUGCGUGAAAUACAGAGAGUGCAAGAUCUACCAACCGCUCGUCGCGAGCAACAAACCCGUUUUCCACAUCGAGUAUGAAUUCGACGAAUUUCACCAUCAACGCCACCGCGAGCGCCGAUGCCUUGACGCUGAUUUGCGAUUACAAGCAGGCCGCCAAUUUCUCCACGAUUUUGAAAAAUGUGUCAUUGGAUGACUGGUUUGAAGCUUGCUAGCGUAGCAGAUGGGGGCGAGAAAGAAAGAAAAGUUGGUGGUGGCCAGAUUUGGGUUCUCGUUCCUGACAGGCAGCCUUGUUCAUGGAAACCCGUUCAGCCUAUAUUCAACGGAUGCAGGCUGAAAACUCCCAUAGAUGAAAAACAAUGAAAGAAGACCAUGGACAAAAAUUUUUCGAUCGCGAAAUUUCCAAAAUGAGGAUCUCCGGAGUGCAGCAAAGCAGGAGCAUAUUCCGUGCACUCGUGAUUAUGGUGCGGAUGGCGAAAGUAUGCUGAUAAUUGACUCACAAAACCAUCAUUUCUUGUUGAAUUGUUGAGGGUUUCCUCAGUCGAGAUGGAAUUCAGCCAAAACUUCCAAGUUCUCUUUUUGCAUCUGAGUACGUACCCCCAGAAACUUCGGGCAGCACAAG